AAUAAAUCCACUUCCGGUCCGCUCGCUGUUCCGGUUCGGUUGAAGCGACGUCGAGCUCAUUUCUGUCCGAGUGAAAUACUCUUUUAUUAUAGUUUUACUUUUAUUAAAUCGAUACCGUCGAGCGGGCAACCAUGUCCAGUCGCGAAGCCCUCAACAUGAAGCUCCCUCCGAUCCAGUCCACCGCCGGAGCGGUUCCGGUCCGGAACGAGAAAGGGGAGCUCUCCAUGGAGAAGGUGAAGGUGAAGAGGUAUGUGUCGGGUAAACGUCCCGACUACGCCCCAAUGGAGUCGUCCGACGAGGAAGAUGAGGACUUCCAGUUUGUGAAGAAGGGAAAGGAACUGGAGCCAGAGGUGGAGCUGGAGGAAGAGGAUGUCUCUGACCCACGUCUCAAACGUCUUCUCAACCGUGUCUCUGAGGACGUGGAGGAGAGGCUCGCGAGACACAGACAGAUCGCAGAGCCUGAAGUUGUGGCUGAGAGCAGCGAGGACUCUGAUGAAGGCACCUGGCAUCCAGAGCAGGAGAUUGAGAGUAGCGAGGAAGAAGAGGAGGAAGAGGAAGAAGUGGAUGAUGAGGAAAUCGAGAGGAGGCGAGCGAUGAUGAGGCAGCGAGCUGUUGAACGGAAGAACGAGGAGAUGGAGGUCAUGGAGGUGGAGGAGGAAGGGAAGUCCGGGGAGGAAUCAGAGUCCGAGUCUGAAUAUGAAGAAUACACAGACAGCGAGGAUGAAGCAGAGCCUCGACUCAAACCUGUCUUCAUCCGCAAGAAGGACAGAGUCACAGUGGCGGAGCGUGAAGCAGAGGAGCAGCGGCAAAAAGAGCUGGAGGUCGAGGCCAAGAAGCAGGUGGAGGAGCGACGGCGCUACACCCUCAAGAUUGUGGAGGAGGAGGCUAAGAAGGAGUUUGAGGAGAACCGGCGCACGCUGGCUGCUCUCGACGGUCUGGACACUGACGGAGAGAACGAGGAGGAAGAAUACGAAUCCUGGAAAGUCCGAGAGCUGAAGCGCAUCAAGAGGGACAGAGAGGCCAGAGAACUCAUGGAGAGGGAGAAGGCUGAAAUUGAGAGAUUCCACAACUUGACAGAGGAGGAGCGCAGGGCUGAGCUCCGCAACAGCGGCAAAGUCAUCACCAACAAAGCCACCAAAGGCAAAUACAAGUUCCUCCAGAAGUACUACCACAGAGGAGCCUUCUUCAUGGACGGAGAGGACGACGUGUACAAGAGAGACUUCAGCGCACCCACUCUGGAAGAUCACUUCAACAAAACCAUCUUACCCAAAGUCAUGCAGGUGAAAAACUUUGGUCGGUCCGGACGCACCAAGUACACCCACCUGGUGGACCAGGACACUACAUCGUUCGACUCAGCCUGGGCCCAGGAGAGCGCUCAGAACAGCAAGUUCUUCAAGCAGAAGGCGGCAGGCGUGAGGGACGUGUUUGACCGGCCCACAGUGAAGAAGAGGAAGACUUAAAGUGUGUAAGGAUUUGGAACAGACUUCUCCGGGACUACAGUGCAGCUUUAGAGACUGUACAGAGACCACGCUGCAUCCUGAUUGAAUUUCUUUCCUGGACUUUAUGGAAGUAAAAUGGACCGAUUCCACCGCUUUGAUAAAUUGUUUUAUCUACCAGGAAGAUGCUCCAUCAUUUAAAAAAAAAAACCUAAUGUUGGCCCCUCACAAUCCUACUUAAAAUGCAGCUGGUUUCAGUUCAGCAAUGUGCAGAAUAAAGCUUGUUUCUUAUUAAAUUUAAGUUUGCUGCAUUUUAAAGACUUGCAGAGAAAACAUUAAUAAAAUCAUCUUCGUCUGUAAUGUCCUAAAAAAUGUGUCCACAGGUUUCACACCCAGAUACCUCCUUCAGUUGUAAAGCAGUGGGCUGUGAUGUCGUUUUGUACAAUACGAUUGGAGAUUGAUUUUCUGCAUUUUUUCCUUUCAUUUGUAAAAGUACAGGUAUUGUACUAUUGUAUUGUUUGUGAAUAAAGCUUCAUUUUUAAAACUUUU